AUGAUGAGACCCGUGCGGGCGUCGGGCGACCUGCUAGUUAAGUAUAAAACUGUAUUUGCUUUUCAGCCCAAAUCGUAUGAAUUCGGUUACUCAGUGAAGGACGCGCAGUCAGGCAAUGACUAUGACCGUAAAGAGAGCUCGGAUGGGAAUGUGGUGCGUGGUGAAUACCGUGUUCAUCUCCCUGAUGGACGGACGCAGAUUGUGACAUACCACGCAGACUGGCAGACCGGUUUCCACGCCGACGUGAGGUAUGAAGGCCAAGCGAAAUACCCGGAGCCUACAACUUACAACAAUAAGCAAGGAGGAUACAACUACAAUGCGCCAACCCCAAGCGACUUUAGUGGUUCGUUAACCGGUUUCCAUGGCAACCAAGGUUAUAAACCAACAACUGCUUACGGAACUCCCAGUUACCAUUGA